AGUGAAUUGCAAUAAAAUAGGAACACAAUUCUCCAAUUCUAACUAAACAUGCACACGUGUUAACUAAUGUAUGGAGUUGCAGAAAUAAUUACAAGGAAAAUUGAAAUAAAUGAUGAAAUUAACAUCUUCGAGAUUAUUAAUAAAGAAAAGGAGAAAAUUGAAAUAAAUUGAUUUUCCCUUUAACAAAAAUCAGCAAAAAGAAAAGAGUUGCAGUGCAAUAAAUGAAGAGUUACAAGAGGUGCAGUGAGAACAGUUAAAAACUUUAAUUAUAAAGAAAUUGAGAAGGCAGAAGAUACAUUAAUUAUGGUGUGGGGGACAAAACUCCAAAAAGGCCCUGUCAUACACAGACAAAGCAAAAAGUGUUCUUCUUCUUCAGUUCCAGUGGGGGUGUUUUAACUGAUUAUUAGUAUACUUACACAAAUAGCUUGGAUCAACAAUGAGUGUGGAGGGCAAUGCAGAUUCAAAAUUGGGUGAGAAGAAAGUGGAAGAAGAAGAUAGUUUGAGGACAGUGGAUUGUUUGAGAGGGAGACUGCUUGCAGAGAGAGUGGCUUCUAAAAAUGCCAACGAGGAGGCAGAGCAUUUGGGAAACAAGUUGAUGGAGCUGGAAACUCUGUUGAAACAAGAGGCUGAAUCAAGAAACAGAGCUGAGAAAAGGCUGAAGUUGCUGAUGAAGAAGCUUCAAUCCAUGAACAUUGCGUACGUCUCGGACGAAUCGGGAUACUCGUGCUCGGUUGAGAAAAGCGACGUUUCAUCCGUAUCAUCAUCCACAAAUUCUCCCACUACCGAACAACUUCAAGAAAACUAUGAAAAUCAGCAAAUCGAAAUCGAAAGCCGGGGAUUGAAGGAGAACUUGCUAGAAUCGUCUUCAAAAGGGUCGGAAAAUCUGCAGCAAAACGAUUCGCAAAAUUCUUCAUCGAGCCUUGAUGAUAAAAACUCCACAGCAGACGAGAGUUCAAGUGCUGCAUUCGAAAUUCAAGAACAGAAACGUGAAAUGGAAACUAACGCAGCCUCGGAGAAUUUGGAUCAAAUCGAGGCACAAAAUGACACAAUUAAGAUGGAUGAGCAAAGUGGUACAUCUUCUACCGAAGAGGAACUUAAUCAAGAAUCCGAGAGCCAGAUAGAUAACUCGAUGGCUAUAGUCUCGAUCGAUAAGCCACCGGAACACAAAACGGUUGAUCCAGAAGUUCUUGAUGCUACGGUGAAGGAAGUGCUCGAUGCGUUAAGGCAUGCUAAAGAACAACUGCAAAGUUCAAUGGAGAGACGUCGUCGUUCGAAAAUGAUUAGUGUUGGUUAGUUAGACUAAUGGAACACACUGCAUAUAUCGUUGAGGGUGUUUUCCGUAAUCUUCUUUCUUUUUUUUCCCAGUAUAGGGAGAGAGUGAUUGGUCUGAAUAAAUAACUAAUAUGCAUAAUCACUUGUUUUACCAAUAUUUAAGACUCAUGAACAUGGGGAUUUGAAGCAA